CCGCCCCUCCGUGCGCUCCGCAGGCACACAGCACACGCACCUCACGGAGCGAGCGGAGAAGAUGGCAGAGCGGCAACAACAGAAGCACGAAGGCAGAGUGAAGAUCGGCCAUUACAUCCUGGGCGACACGCUCGGAGUGGGGACGUUCGGGAAAGUGAAGAUUGGAGAGCACCAGUUGACAGGCCAUAAAGUGGCUGUAAAGAUCCUAAACAGACAGAGGAUCCGCAGUCUCGAUGUCGUGGGGAAGAUCAAACGAGAGAUCCAGAAUCUCAAACUGUUCCGACACCCACACAUCAUCAAGCUGUACCAGGUAAUAAGUACACCCACGGAUUUCUUCAUGGUUAUGGAAUAUGUGUCUGGAGGGGAGCUGUUUGACUACAUCUGCAAACAUGGACGGGUUGAAGACACAGAAGCUCGUCGUCUUUUCCAGCAGAUUAUCUCAGGUGUGGACUACUGCCACAGGCACAUGGUGGUCCACAGAGACCUCAAACCUGAGAACGUCCUGCUGGAUGCCAGCAAGAACGCCAAGAUAGCAGACUUUGGUCUGUCAAACAUGAUGUCAGAUGGAGAGUUUUUAAGGACAAGCUGUGGGUCACCCAACUAUGCUGCUCCAGAGGUCAUCUCCGGAAGGCUCUAUGCGGGCCCAGAGGUGGACAUCUGGAGCUCCGGGGUGAUCCUGUACGCCCUACUCUGUGGCACUCUGCCCUUUGACGAUGAUCAUGUCCCCACGCUGUUUAAGAAGAUCAGAGGAGGUGUCUUCUACAUCCCAGAGUACCUGACACGCCCUGUGGCUUCGCUGCUGAAGCACAUGUUACAGGUUGACCCCCUGAAAAGAGCCACCAUCAAAGACAUCAGGGAAGAUGAAUGGUUUAAGCAGGACCUGCCAGGCUACCUUUUCCCUGAAGACCCUUCAUAUGACUCCACAGUCCUGGAUGAGGAGGCCGUCAAAGAAGUGUGUGAGAAGUUUGAAUGCACUGAGUCGGAGGUGGUGUCCAGCCUUUACAGCGGAGAUCCACAGGAUCAACUAGCAGUGGCCUAUCACCUCAUCAUAGACAACCGGCGCAUCAUGACCCAGGCCAGCGAGUUCUACUUGGCCUCCAGUCCUCCCCAGGGUUCCUUUAUAGAGGAGGGCAUGCCGUUGCCCCCUGGUGUGAAACCCCACCCAGAGAGGAUGCCUCCGCUCCUGGCUGACAGCCCUAAGUCUCGUUGUCCUCUGGAUGCUCUCAACACUACCCGACCCAAACCUCUGGCAGUCAAGAAGGCCAAGUGGCACCUCGGUAUCAGAAGUCAGAGUAGACCGUAUGACAUCAUGGCUGAAGUUUACAGGGCUAUGAAACAACUUAACUUUGACUGGAAGGUGGUGAACCCAUAUCAUCUGCGAGUGAGGAGGAAGAAUCCAGUGACGGGCAAUCUGGUGAAAAUGAGUCUGCAGCUCUACCAGGUGGACAACAGAUCCUACCUCCUCGACUUCAAGAGCAUAGAUGAUGACAUCAUCGAGGCGGUGGGCUUCAGGUCAGGUUCAUCCACUCCACAGAGGUCGGGCUCCACAGCCGGUCUCCACAGACCCAGACUGAGCAUCGACUCAGCCAGCCCUGCCAUCGAUCUGCCCCAGCUCAGCUCCUCUCUCCCAGGAUCCCUGUCUGGUAGCUCCGCUCUACUCACCCCACGUCAGGGAUCACACACCAUGGACUUCUUUGAAAUGUGUGCCAGUCUGAUCACCACACUGGCACGCUGAGGCCCAGUGAAUCCUAACCUUUCUGUAAUAUGGAUGUCAGUUGGGUUUUAAGCCAUUUGCAGAUGUGGGAUGUAGAGAGUGUAGCUGGGUGUGGUGACUUCCCUUUUCUGUCUCCUCUAAACCUCUGUACCACUUGUGUUUGACAGAGAGAGAGAGAGAGAAGAAGGAGGAGGCUGUCAGCAGAAAGGCAGAUUAUUAUAAUUUUUUUGGGUUUUGAAACAGUUCUUGGGUCAGUAUCUUGGUAUUUAAACAUAAGGUUUCAGCUGAUCCUGGGGGGGAGGAUCGGUGAAUUGCCGAAAGCCAACAAAGUGAAUGAUGAGAGGUCAUAGUUCACAGCAGUGUUGGCGUCAGCAAAGGUCAAGUUCACUGUCUUCUUACAAAUCCCUUAAAUCUAGUAUCAACUGCUGAAAUAUCUUUUGCUUUUGAUAUGGACUCUGGUUAAAAUUGACACUAAACAUGUCUUGGAGAUUGUUACCAAAUGUGAAAACUUGAUUUCAGUUAAUUUCGGUUUUACAUUAUAUUUGGUUUUUAAAGGAACAGCUUUGGUUUUCCAUGUAUAUUAUAUUUAAAUUAUAUCAUAUUACGUAGCUGAAAAGGUUACUAAAAGUUUAUACCAAAAACUUGACUUUAUACAUCAGAAAGAAGAGUAUUAUUUAGUUACGAGAUCCAUAUAUUUAUUUUUUUUAGCAACUGUAGUUCUGUUAUUUAAGCACUGUGCUGACAUAGAGGUUUAUCCAGAUUUUAAUAGAUGUAGGUGAAUAAUGAACCUAGAGAGACGGCAGAUUAUAUGUUACUUGGAACUGACUGCGCUGCAUUUGGUGCUGAAGACAGACACACACCAUCUCACACAAGUUUUCACUACCACUGAAUUAUAUUGCUAGUGUUAAAUUAUAUCUUUGAACACCGAUGGACUCUCUUUGCAUUUCAAAGAUUCCUAUCACUAACCACCUCCGACUCCAAACUGUACAUGAGUAAGUACAGAUGUGAUGUUGAUAGAGUGGGCGGAAAAGGUCAUGAUGAUAAAUCCAUGUGAGAUGUGUGUGUCUGCUGCAAGACAGCAUCAAGCCACAGAAACCUUUUCUCCAGUUGCCUUAAAGAACACAACACAGUGGUUCUUUACCUAUGUCUACAGAGAGUGUGUGUAUGAGCCAAUGUGUGUGAUGCAGAUCAGAUGGUUGAGUGUCCCGGUGUGUUAGUUUGGAGGACCCUCGCAGUGGGUUAUGAGCUCGGUGGAGCAGGUGGAGUGUGAGUCUGAGAACAAAGAGCUGAGAAGCAGAAACACAAUAAUUCGGUGUUCUGACGCUGUGGGAGCUGUGUCCUGUGUGUGUGUGUGUUUGUUGUGUUCAGCUGUUGUCGUCUUUUCAGGCUGCCCUUAAACACUCAUUUGUCGAGGCCAGCCGUUUGCAUCACAUACUUUGUGCGUUACUGUAUUUGUGUUUUGUGGUUCUACAUAUGGAUAAACGUCACAGUGUUAUUACUUUUAUAAAUGUUCUGCAUUUGCCUAUCAGUCAUACCAGAAUAGUGUUGUCUGCUGUUGUUGUCACUCGAUCUUUUCUGACAGAAUGUAAAGUGGAAGCUGAAGGCUGCUCACACCUCCUCUGUCUGUCAGGGCUGUGCGAUAUCUCAGUGUAGGUCAUUUCAUUUACAGAUAAUGACACAUAUCAAAACUACGUAAAAUGAUCUAUAUAUAUAUGUUGAGAAGUUUAUGUACAGUGGCCAAAUGUAAAAACAUAUUUCUUAUGACAUUACUUUGGGACGGGUGUUGGCACCAACUCACAAAGCUCAUGCGUUUAUUUAUUUGCAAAUGUCAAGCUGCCAGGAGCUGUUCCCUCUUUUCAUCUUUGCCAUAUUAUCAUGUCAUAUCAUGUCAUGUCGCACAGCCCUGCCGAGUGUGUUCUCUUUGUUGGUGGUGUUUGAUGGAGAGUUCUGGACUGAUGCCUUUCUACUGGUCACAGUUUAACACAGAGGAGGAAGAGUUGGUACCUAAUUGACUUUAGACUGGGGUCAUUAAAAAUAUGAAAGGGAAAUGUAAUGGUGUUGAUAAGUUAGGAAAUAAAUUAAAACAUUAAUAAAUCCAGUACAAUACUGUACGUAAAUGGGGUAAUACAUUUUGAAAUAAUUUAAGAUCCUACUUAACCUCAGCUCACUAUUAUGAAAUGUUAUUUAUCCCUGUUAGUUUCAGACUGGAUGUAUGUGAUGUGACUGAAGAGGCAAGGACUAGGGAAAACACAGGAUUUCUACUUUUAUGAAGUUAAUAUGGAAUAGCAAUGAAAUAACAUUUCAUAAUGAUGGGUUGAGUUUAUCGUUAUUGAUUAUUUAUUUCUUAUUAUUUGUUUUAGGUGAAAUUGACAUCAAUCACCAAACAGUCAACACAUUUUUAUUUUGCCUAAUGAGAUCAACAUGAAGAUUUUGGGUUGAAACAGUGAAAGUCCCAUUAUGUGGUUGUGUGUAGAGUUGUCCACUGUGCAACAAACACACACCACUGAGUACACUUUGAUGUCAGAGGGAGAAAGAUACAUGCAACUACACAGACAUGCAAACAGACACACACAUAAACACACACAUACAAACAGAUUACAUGGGGAGAGCGUGGCCUAGGGGAUAGAGCGGGUGCUCUGCAACAAGAAGGUUGCCGGUUCGAAUCCCACUCUAUCCCAUCUGCAUGCCUAAGUGUCCUUGGUAAGAUACUGAACCCCUAAAUGGCCCCUCAUAAAUGCUGAGUGUUCUAAAAUGUAAGUUGCUUUGGAUAAAAGCGUCAGCUAAAUGACAUGUAAUUCAUGUUCUUCAGUUAAACUUCUCUGUUACACUUUAUUAAUGUGUCUUAAUGACUUGUCCCGAGCUACUCUGGUCACAUCAGGAUCUUAAUUUGUUCCUGAUGAUACUGCUGCUCACAACACUGAUCCAUGAAGUGCAAUAUACAGGAGAAGUCGUGGUCCGGAUUUAAAAACUCCUCUGAUGUAACCAGUAUUCACUGUCAGUAAAAAGUACUGUAGUACUGCACCAUUUCGACUGUAUGCAACUAUCAGUGGCAUGUUCAUCAUAUAAACUCUACUGUGUGUUUAGAGCUGCAAACACAUGUCAGAGGACCUAAUCAAAUACACACUUUCUGUGUCGUACCAAAGUGAAGGUUUGUCAGUCUCUGUCUAUCUGUGGUGGGGUUCUGAUUAGUGUAACCGUAAGUACCCCUGUCUAUCUGUGUGUGUGUGUGUGUGUGUGUGUGUGUGUGUGUGUGUGUGUGUGUGUGUGUGUGUGUGUGUGUGUGUGUGUGUGUGUGUGUGUGUGUGUGUGUGUGUGUGUUGGCACACUGGUUAUUGUGAAAGAACGUGUACAAGGGUGUGUCUGCACGUGUGUGUGUGAGAGAGAGAAUGUGUCUCCCUGUCUCUGUGUCUGAUUGGGGUUGGAUUUCUCUUGUUAUGCACUGCAUGAUAUUGCUGUUAUGAUUUGCACUUUAAUGAGUAUUUAUUGAAAAACAAUAAACAAACAUAAUUUCUUGAGGUUUUGUCUAAUUGGAAAUCACACAGACACACAGAUAAACACACAACAGAUGGUUAUUUUUGUGUAACUUCCACAGACAGAUGUCAACAACAAUAUCUUACAUGAACAUGACCUCAGGUGAUCAUCAGUACUUUACUUCCUCCUCUGUAACACUCUUCAUCUAGAGGGAAACUCCUAAAAAAUAGUCGGAACAUAAAAGUGGCACCUGCCCGACAUCAGCUCCAUAAAAAGAAAAGACGAUAAAGUUAUAUGUGAUGUUUCCCUCCAGAAGGUUCAACUACGAACACUACAAAGUCAUUCUUUAGUUGUAUAAGUGAGAUUAUACUCUGUGUUGUUUAUUGGUACAUAAUUCAAGAAACUUUUUUUAUGAACCUGACAUAUUGAACCACUUAAAUACAUGACAAGUUACUUCCAUCCUCCACAGUUUAUUGACAAAUAAUGAGAGUAAAUAAAAUUACAGAUACAAAAAAA